AGCCUCGUGUUCUCUCUCCCAUUUUCCACACAAAGAAAGCACAGCGCCCCUCACAGGAAUGGAGGUGCACAUUGCCGCUAAACCAAGCAUCGCCAUAUUGAUGUCCCAACAACGUCGAGAGGGCAUAUGACAGUGGGAAUCCUAGUGAUGACUCUACUGAGCCCGGUGCCCCCUGAUUAGACUGGUUGGAUGUCCUCCUUAACAACUACAACAAUCAGCCUCUACCAAACCAACGUAGCAUCAGCUCUGCAGCGACCCCACCUGUCACCUGCAGCUUGGAGGAAACCUCCAAGGUGAUCCAGAGAACAACCUGUGUAUAAUAUGUCCGGCUCUGUCCCAAGCCGCUCUCGAGUUUACCCUGAUGUAAACACACAGAGGCCUCGGGAGUACUGGGACUACGAGUCCCAUGUGGUGGAAUGGGGGAACCAAGAUGACUACCAGCUGGUGCGCAAACUAGGACGCGGCAAAUACAGUGAGGUGUUUGAAGCCAUAAAUAUCACCAACAAUGAGAAGGUUGUUGUCAAAAUACUCAAGCCAGUCAAAAAGAAGAAAAUCAAGAGAGAAAUCAAGAUUCUAGAAAACUUGCGAGGCGGUCCCAACAUCAUCUCACUUUUAGAUAUCGUCAAGGAUCCUGUGUCUCGAACUCCAGCGCUGGUUUUUGAGCAUGUCAACAACACUGAUUUCAAGCAACUGUAUCAAACUUUAUCAGACUUCGACAUACGGUUCUACAUGUUUGAAAUCUUGAAGGCCCUUGACUACUGUCACAGUAUGGGGAUCAUGCACAGAGAUGUCAAGCCACACAAUGUGAUGAUUGAUCAUGAACACAGAAAGCUCCGCCUGAUCGACUGGGGCUUGGCAGAGUUCUACCACCCUAACCAGGAGUACAAUGUGAGAGUGGCCUCGCGCUACUUCAAAGGACCUGAGUUGCUGGUAGACUACCAGAUGUAUGACUACAGUUUAGACAUGUGGAGUUUGGGCUGUAUGUUGGCCAGCAUGAUCUUCAGGAAGGAGCCUUUCUUCCAUGGACACGACAACUACGACCAGCUCGUACGGAUUGCUAAAGUCCUCGGCACAGAGGACUUGUAUGACUACAUCGAUAAGUACAACAUUGAACUAGACCCGCGGUUUAAUGACAUUCUGGGCAGACACUCCCGUAAGAGGUGGGAGAGGUUUGUGCACAGUGAGAACCAGCACCUGGUGAGCACCGAGGCUCUGGACUUCCUGGACAAGCUGCUGCGUUACGACCACAACGCUCGCCUCACGGCCCGGGAGGCCAUGGAACACCCAUACUUCUACUCCGUUGUUAAAGAUCAGGGAAGGGGCAGCACUCCUGGAGGAAUAGUUACCAGCUCCACUCCAGUCAGCUCUUCCAGUAUGAUGGCAGGUAUCACCUCCACAAAGGCACUGGCUAACAACGCUGGAUCACCUGUCAUUUCUGCCCCCAACACUUUGGCCCCACAAGUCCCAGCGGCCGGGGCACAGCCCUGAAACCUCCACCCCCUCCUCCCAGCGGCUGCUGGGGCACAGCCCUGAAACCUCCACCACCUCCUCCCAGCGGCU